UUGUAUAACGUUUAUAUGGUUUGGUAAUUUCCUUUUACAACAAACAUUUCAAAUGAAUAUUUGAAUUCCGUACUUAGUCCGUAUUGAACCUAAUAAUGUUAGAGGUUGUUGUUGUUGUUGUUUGUUACUGCGUUUCACAAUUUAACGCUAUCAUUUUUUGUCAUGUGAGAGAUUGCAAACCUUUUUGGCCGGGGACCUUUUUCAAUUUUAAUACGAGUCUGAACAUCUUAGUAUAUGCAUAUAUUUUAUUUCUUAGUGAAUGUAUACAUUUUAUUAAGUGCGGUCCUCCACAUUAAAGGUGGAUUUACGGUCCUUCUUUCUAUACCAACACAAAUGUAUGUAUGUAUGUAACAAAUGAUUACAAGAUAUGUUGAUCUAAAAGGGCUUUAUUAUAGCGGAUUUACUCAUUCUAUAGAGAAUUAUACAAAUUGUUGAAGUCACGUUUGGUAUUUUGAAUAUGAAAAUGAGCAACAUGCUCAGCUGAUGUUAAGUAAUAUCACCGCCCAUGGACAUUCACGUUGGCAUAGAUCGCAAGUGCGCUGUCGGCCUUUAAAGCAUUGGUACGCUCUUUUCUUGUAGGAGCGUAAGUCUGUGGUUUGCUUGUUCCACAUAGUGGUGAUGCGCGGCCAAAAUAGCCAUAAAAACCCUUGAGGGCAUAAUUGAUUAUGGACCGACGUACGUUGAGGUUUUACUGGUGGUAUUUCGUAUUCAGCCUCUUCAUCCCACGCUGAAAUUCACCUGCAGUUGCUGUCCAUGGUUAAUACGGUAGAAGAUGAGAAAUCUAAAGAAGUAUUACAAUUGUCACUAUAAAAAUUACGUGAAAUACAAAAUAAAUACUAAUACUUUCAAUAAGCGUUUAUUUUUCGCAUUUUACAGACUUUUCAUUGGUCUAAGCGAUUAUAACGUAGUUAAUAAUAAAACAACAUAUUUUUUUGGAAAUCGGAACUUUCUGGAGCCUUGUGGACCUCGCAUAUGCAUUUAUGUAAUAAAUUUUACAUAUAAAGGCUAUAGAUUGAUGAAGCCUAGAGCCGGGUUUAGAAACUGUACGAGCCAGUCGCAACUUGGCGGGGAGGCGGACCGGACGUGUAAUCGAUCUGAUAUAAUUUAUUUUCAAUUAAAGUUACUGUGGUGUAGUGUACUUAUGUUAUUAUUGGAUUGUGUGAUACAAAUGAUUUAAAGAUACAAGAAUCUGUGGAUUUUUGACUCAGAACGCAUCGGCGUUGCGGUUUCUCCAAGUGACUAAAUCCGGCCACCAUCACGCCCUCGUCAUGACACUGCACUGGUGGAUGCACUGGUUCUGGGUGACAACGCUGCUCUUUAUUAUAGCCAGCACCGGAAGGACCACAGCUGCGCCUCAGUCAGAAGAACUACUACACAUCACGACUGACCUCCAAACAGAGCGAUAUGAAAGACAACCUAGAGCUAUGUACUUCACAAAAACUCCACAGUUACAGCAACCAGAGAACGUGACACAAAAGGAGCUGAAGGUUUCAACUCCUGUCAACAUCACUGCGACCACAGAGACUAUACAAUGGACGCCAGUUAAUGCAACAGAUAAUGUAACGCUCGAAAGCGUUGCCAGCAUUAACACAACAAUUGCCACAGACAAUGUCACAGAAGCGCAGAAUACAACUUUCACAAAGAGGCGGAAUUUGACGAGACCGGAAUCAGGGAGAGCUGUUUUUAUGAAGGACGAUAUUCCGAUAGAGGGUCUGUCAGAAAGCCGGAUAGUUACUGAAAAGCCUUUGUCCCUAGAAACGGCAUUUGUGCAGACGAAAAUUCCAACUAAUAUAGAGUCUUCUAGAAGAGUUAUAGACCCAGACGGAGGUAUGGAUACAGGAGCGAUAGCUGGGAUUUCGUUCGCUGCUCUGGCCUUAGCUGGACUAGCUGGCAGUACGGCAUUUAUUCUGUAUAGAAGAAGAUAUCUAAAUAAACCUCAAACAUUAAAUGACAAAUGUUCUAAUCCUGAUUCCAGUGGAUACUUAGAUGACAGUACUAUAAGAGAUAACUCCGAAGAAAUGUACAGUUUGGACAACGAUUCAUUCUUGAACUCUCUUGAAGCCAUGACCAUCCAGAACUACUGGACAGACACAGUGAAACACACCAAGUUAUAAGAUAUUGUAUAGAUAAUAAUACAUUGUACAUAUUUUAGUAAUUGUAGCUUUUACAUUUAGGUCCUUGGGGAUUCAUAGACUUGGCGCGGACUAUGACUCCCGUAUCUCAAAAUUCAAGAUAUUUUUGACGUACGGAAGUCAGACUUAGGGCUUGCGUUUCUGAAUCUUACCCUUCAUGUCACAUAUACACAAAAGUCAAUCAAAAUAAGAGAAUAUCUGUCGUUUGGUCAUUUUAUUACUUUAAUUUCAGUAGCUUCUCAGAAAAUAAGAUAUGUAUUCCAAAAUUGUCUAAUUUUAGUUUAAUUACCAAUGAUUUAAAGUUAAUUUAAGUUAUUUGAUUUAUCUACACUAAAUAGAUGGCUUUAUUUGGCUUUAUAAAACACAAUUUUUUUUUGUUUUACUCAGAAUGACGUUUCUAAGUAGCUUUUUGAGUGACAUUUGUGUAUUCUGAAGUGUUCAAAAUCGCGCUUUUUUACCAAAAAGGUUUUCUUAUAAAGUGCGGAAAGAGACCCGUCCUAGUAUUUCAGGUUGCACCAAUUCGAAUUUUGUUUUAACACCGUUAUGUCAUUGUCGUUUGACAUAAACUUUUUAAACAUAAUACAUAAAAAUUUAAGGUCUUUGUGUAUUAAUGAAAUAACGUAGCAAAUAGGGAUUAUAUUAGUUGGCAAGACCGCCACGCCGUUUCUCUUACCGCACAGACCAGCAAUUUUUAUCUUUAUCUUCACGUAUUAACAGAAGGUAUUUUCUACAAAAAAGGUUAUCGUAACCUUUAUCGACCUUUAUUGAAUAAAGGUGAUGAGGUAUACCUACCUAUAUUUUAUGUAUUGAAUAUAUACAAGCAUGCAGCAUUUGAGUCCUGUGUGUGAUUAAAAAAAUCUCCAGGUCAAGUCUGAUAAUAUUUAUAUAUGAUCGACGGUUAGAACGCUAUAAAACCAAACUUAUCGUGUCGCUUAUUUCGUGUUAAAAUCACAAGCGAUGGGGGAGUUGUUUUUUUUAAUAGAUUCUAACUAUAUUGGUUGGGAAAGGGCCCUACAUAAAUGGUCGGCAAUCGUGUAUGUUGUAUAUAGAAUUGACAAAGGCUCGUUUGGUCACGUGACCUUUUUCCAUACAAAUAACGAAUACAUUAUUUUUGUCUAACGCCUCUAAGGAUUUGGAAUUAAUGAAUUUCACAAUUACAUUCUUAAACGUUAAUUCAAAUAUAGUCUUCGGAGCUGUCAACCAUUUUUUCUCUAUGACGUUUGACAUUUUUGACAACUCAAGACUAUAUUUUGAGACACGUUACCUAAAACCUGCAUAAUUUAGAAAUAGUGAUUGAUCUCAGUAUUCAAAUUAGUUUUAGUUCUUAAGCUUACCUAAAUAUUAAUUUAGCUUAAAGUUUAAAUUUAAUUGUGAUACUUUGCAUAACAAUAGUUAGUGUUUGCACUUAAUGUAUCAUCUAAAUGUAUUAUUUAUAUUAUUAUUAUUUUGUAAAUAAAAUAUGUGUAUAUUAAGCCUUUAGAUUUAAUGUAUAAACACUAACAUUAAUGCGAAUUGGCUAUUCAAUAUCACUAAGGGUACUUUGACAGUAUGAAAUGUAAAGUGUCAUUGAGCUAUCUGUAUAAAACUGACUUUAAAAAGCAGUAUCAAUAAAUCAACACAAUACGGUCAGAGAUUAGUCGAAUUGACGAAGCCGUGUGCUUGUAAAUGUGAUCGCCUAAUACAAAUAGUUUUUUUUUUUGUAAUUUCGUUGUUAAUUUAAAAUUGUAAAAAAUUGCAUUCUAAAGUCAUUAAUAAAUUAGAGAUGUUUUUUUUUAAUCCGGCAUUUUUUUGCAUAAAGUGUUAUGGACACCUGUGUGUCAAUGUCGGGGCGCGGGGAGCUUCAAAGUUUUAAAAGAUGUCAUUUCUUUGUUUUUAAAACAUUAUGUAUUGAAAUUUAAGUUUUCUUGUGUAUCGCCUUCCGUCCAUGCUUUUUUUGCAUUUAGUGUUUUUGGUAAAUUAAUACUGUUUUAUGAUGUUAUAAAUGAAUGUUUACUUUAGAAAUCGUACUUAUUAUUUCGAAACUGGGUGAAUUUUGAAUGUACGAAUUUCUGCAAAACUUGGGGAAAAUAAAAUUUGACACUCGAUGUGUAUAUGGAAUGUCAACGUUUAUUAUGUACCUAUAUCACGAACAGUAUGUAACAUCGAAUAGUUUCCGCUCCUAAAUGAAACUAAAUAAAUAGAUAUCAAUUUUAUGGGUAUUCGAUGGAUUCGAGGAAACUCUUGUAAAGAUCAUGCUAAGGGUGGAUACCUUAGAUUUGAAGACUGUAAAAGCAAACGUUUGAACCAAAGUUGCAAUUUCUUAUGUCAAAAACAUAUAGGAUUUGACGUACAAAAGUCGCUAAGUGGCGACUAAAAUCUUGCUUAAUAUACUUAAAUUAUGAUUGAUUAUUACUUCUACAUAAUUAGUUGAUACAUUGUUCUUACAACUUAUUUCUUUUUUGCUUCUAACAACUUGUACAUUAGUUUAAACGCAUCAGAAUAAUUUUAAAGCUGUACAAAAUAAAUGAUUUUUAAAUAUCCCAUUAAAAUAAUUGUUUUGAUUUAAAAUUGUUAUUUUGUAGCCAUAAACAUCACAACCAAUAUAUUUACUAUUUUUGAAAUGUUUUAAAUCGGGGUUGUGACUAGUGCUUUGCUUUUUAAUGUUUCAUUUUAACUCAUAUCAAGUUUAAAUGUACAAAGUAUAUAAGACUUUCUAAAAUGUCAUCAAUAAUGUAAAUUAGUAAUAAUGAAUUGUUUAGGUAACUUACGUAUGUUCGUAAAUUGUCUAUAAUUAUAAAAAUAAUUCAAAUCAUAAAACUUAAUAUAGAUCUUU